AUGAGGACGCGUACGAAUACGCGGCAAACUUGCCUGAGUUCACCACAUCCAGUGGUGCAUGACAAGGCUACCCUCUCUAACUUUUCCUCUUCAGCUUCUUCAUUGGUGUACUGCUUCAAAUCAAACCCAGACUCCAUGCAUGCAGACGAGCCAAUCGAUGUGGUAGAUGUGGUCUGCUUGCUGCAUCUGAACAGUUAUGGGGGCGAAAUGGUUCAGUGGCUGGAGCGCGAAUUUACUGACCGGAAAGUCCAUGGUUCGAACCCGACUGCCUAUCGACUUCUCAUGAUGUCACAGAUGCGUUGGGAUUUGUUUCGGGUGAGAUGGCCCAAGUGGUUAGAGCGCGAAUUUACUGACCGGAAGGUCCGUGGUUCGAAUCCGAACUCUGCCUCUCGACUUCCCCUGUCUAGGCUUGGGCAACCUGGCAGUAUCCCAGCCUUCGUGCUUCCUUCGGGUGGCAUGGCAGCUAGGCACAGGAAGGGUGCUACAGCUGAACGCUUUUCUUUUCUUUUCUGUACCUGUACUGAGAAAUCAAAAGUUUUUGAACUGAUCUGUAAGCUCGGCAAAGGGUCCUAUGGAAGUGUUUUCAAGGCUCGAUACAAAGCUACAGGUGGAAUCGUGGCAAUUAAGAAGGUUCCGGUGGACAGCGACCUAACUGAUAUUGUGAAGGAAAUAUCGAUCAUGCAGCAAUGCGAUAGUCCAUUCAUCGUCAAGUGUUACGGAAGUUUGUUUGAUAGUCAAGAUUUAUGGAUUUGCAUGGAGUACUGUGGUGCGGGUUCGAUUGCUGAUAUCAUGAGAUUGCGCGGGAAGGCACUUGAAGAACGAGAAAUCGCCACUGUGCUCCAAUAUAGUCUUCGUGGCUUGGAUUAUCUGCAUCAGUCCUUUAAUAAUAAUAAUUCAAAUAAUUGUUCAGCUGUAACACCCUUCCGGUGCCUAGAUGCCAUACCUCCCGGAAAAAGCACGGGGGCUGGGAUACUGCCAGGUCGCCCGGGCCUAGACAGGGGAAGUCGAGUGGCAGACGUCCUUUACGCUUUACAUAUAUACCAUCGUGAGAAAAUGCAAAGAGCUGAAUGCCUAUUUUGCAUACCAAUUCGACCUACAUUGAUUUUGCUUCGAUUUCGUUUUUCGUGGGGAUUACUUCGUUUUGCAUCCGCACUUUGUAUCUCCUGUUAA